AAAUAUCCUCUGUGCGAACAUGCGGCAGCCCGCCCGUCCAUUGACUCCAUUCUGCGUGCCUUCCUCGUUCCUUUUACACAAAGAAACCUCAUAAGGCUCAUCCUCACCUGUCCUUCCUCGUUCCUCGAUGACUCAUGAAGACAAUAUUCGUCGGAAGAAACUCUGGCGGCUGAAGAAAAGUCGUUCAGACCCUCAUCUGGCAGAGGAAAGAGCCAGGGAGCCAGUCAAUAGUUCGUCCCCUCUCCCGCCCUCGAGGAAUGAAAUUCGCGGACGAUCCCCGGGGAGAUUUCGCAAGUUCUUUGCCAAGGUGCCCAACCCCUUCCAACGAAGCGCUCGACAGUCUCCCAACCCUCAAACCACCGCUGCGACCUCCAGCACACAACAUAUCCCACCUACUCAGAUAACCCAGGAUCCUUCACCACACAUCACUCCCACUCCCGAGCCGAAUAUUGAGUUGUCUCCGAAUCCAAGGACUGCAGAAGCUGAACAUCUCGAACCGAAGUUUGUGAACGAAAGAAUCACUAGCGCCGCCAAAGGUCUCACAGGUAUCGGCCUUGUCCCACCAAUUAUCCAAAAUGCUUCUUCAGCACCCGACAACUUACAAUCUGUUUCCGAUACGAUCUACAAAUCCUCUGCGUUGCUUGAACCCUUGAAGGCGUUCAACUCCAUUGCAAACGGGAUUGCCGACGUAUGGGCAUAUAUCUUUGUUUCGUACAUCCCUACGUGA